UUCUUGGCGCGAAAUCCAGGUGAUCGAUAGGCCUCCGGAGUCCCGGACUCAAGUGUACUGCAGCAGACUCUCUAGUCUUCCCGGAUCCGCGCUGUCUAGCGGGCUGUGUCAACCGCUCUUACGUUUCGGUCAUCACAGAAACAACCUCAUCAGCUCCACAGGCCAGAUUCGGCCAAAUAAACUGCGGCCCAAAUCCAGUUCUGGAUCAGCUUUUGCGUUGCCGAUCGUGCAAGGGCUGCGAAACGUUGCGAAACUUGAGGACCUUCAGAGGGCACCUGUUAGACCACCGAUCAACAAUAAACCCGUACAAUAAUAGCUGUUCUAUCUUUAAGACGAAGACGUUUUUUUAGUAAAUAGUGAGCUGCUUUGCGCCAUGUGCCCGCUUAUUGGAGAAACAGGGCGACCAGUUUUUUAACUCCGGCCUGGCUUCUGCACGUGGAACAACAUGAGCUUGUCCAGAUCGUGUUUGUCCAGCCGAGGGAUGAAUGGCAAGAUUUCCUCCCUUGUUGAGCAUGGUACAGUGGGGAUGUUGCGACCAACGGCAGUGGCGCGCGUUGGUCAAGCCGUUAAUUUGGCCGUGGAAAGAUUCGUCACCGUUGGCGAAACUAUCGCUGACGACUAUCAGGAAAUACGACAGGGCAUGUACGAAGCUUGCAAAGAAGCGAGACAGGCCGGAGCCGCUAUUGAACACAUCUGCGAGGAGACCAAUGAGGAGAUAGCAUUGGAUCGCAGUUUGCUGAUUCGAGCUGCCAAGUGUCUGCUAGCCGCCAUCACUCGGGUGCUACUUUUAGCCGACAUCGUUGUAGUUAAACAGUUGCUUUUAGCGAAGGACAAGGUGUCCCAUAGCUUGGACCGUCUGGAAUCCGUGAACAAUUUCACGGAAUUUGUGAAAGCCUUCAGCCAAUUCGGCGCCGAAAUGGUCGAAUUGGCGCAUUUGACCGGCGACCGGCAAAACGACCUGAAGGAUGAGCGCCGAAGAGCUCAAAUGGCGGCAGCCCGACAGGUUCUGGAACGUUCCACCAUGAUGCUGUUGACAUCGAGUAAAACGAGCCUGCGGCAUCCGAACAGCAACUCUGCACGGGAAAAUCGGGACACGGUUUUCUGCCAGAUGCGAAGGGCGAUGGAUCUCAUUCAUUACGUGGUGAAGGACGGGGUGUUGAACAACAGCGAGUCUGGUCUCCACUCGCAACGGGAGGAGCUGGAGAACGAUAGGGGAACGGCUUAUGCCUGCAUGCGACAUCUUCAGAAGCUUCUGGAGCACAGCAAAGCCACGAUGGAAACACGGCACCACAACGAAACCCCUAAAGGCGGUGAGGUUGGACACGGAGGAGCAGGAAAAGAUUGCCAAGUCGGGCCUGGAAAUGAAGCUGGCCACCAGCGAGAUGGAGGCCGAGACGGAAAAGUGGCAGGAGAACAACAGCACCCAAAUGGAUGAGAACAAUGAUAUAGUGAAAAGAGCGAAAAACAUGUCUUCCAUGGCCUUCUCCAUGUACCAGUUCACCAAGGGGGAAGGCCCGUUGAAAACCACCCAAGAUCUCUUCACGCAAGCGGAAUACUUUGCUGAGGAAGCCAACAGGUUGUAUAAAGUGAUCAGGCAAUUUAGCUACCAGGUACCUGGCGGUGCGCAAAAGAAGGAGCUUCUGGAGAAUCUGGAUAAGGUGCCGACUUUUGUGCAAAGGCUGCAGUUCACCGUCAAGGACCACACGGUGGGAAAGGCGGCCACUUUCACCAAAGUGGACAACGUCAUCCAGGAGACCAAGAAUCUCAUGAACGUGAUAUCUAAGGUUGUUACUGUAUGUUUUGAAUGCGCCACUAAGCUUAAUUUACCGGGCAAUCCAGGUUUCUUCAACAACCAUGACGAUUAUCAGUACAAGCUGGAGUUCAGGGGCAGUGGGAGCGGAACCGGCCGAGGCAUGGGCGGCGAGGGCGGUCCGUCCAGUGGCGGCGCAGCCAGCGGCGACUCAAAGGGGGGAACAGCCACCGGCUCGGACCAGAGCUUAUGACAGUUGGGGAUGUCCCGGCGCAACAAGGGCGACUCGAGACGCACUCGGGUCUCCUUCCUGUUGUUCUAGGACAUCAGAGCUGCUCGUUUGUUGUUGAGCUUUGCUUUUGCUUUCAGCAGUUGUUGCGUGAUCUGACUCAGAAGGGGCACUCAACUCUCUUCAACUCACUCUCAAGUUUGGCAACUUGUUCCUCAAUUCGCCCUUAAACUGGUUAAAUUACCGCUGAAGUUUUUUCCGAGAGCAAAUUUCUUCGUUUGAUAUAGACUACACAGUGGCCCCGACUUGGUCAGAAUCGCUUUCACACUAUUUCCACUACUUUUCCUUCACACCAAGUUCCGCGUGCCAAAACCGAAUCAGGUGACAAACUAGUAGGGUUUUUCCUCGGUUCGAGCUGAGCUGCGCUGCGCUAAGUUAACGUAGCUGGCAUUAACUAAGAAAACAAUCAUCUGAAAUGACUGCAUUAAAUGUAACUUACACCAAUCACCUCGAUAUGUAGCGUUUAGCGAAUAAGUAAAUGAUACUGUUACCACAAGGGAACCGUUAUUGACUUUUAGAGUAUAUUUUAUGUAUUCAAGUGAUGUUUUCAGUAGAUUAGUAUACCGAGUAAAUUGCGUACAAAUCUGUUUGGUUUGGGGUUUAACAGUAUUCCUGAGGGAGCUGGGAGUUUGAGCAGAGCCCUCUUAGAGCAUGUAGAACUAGAACGAAUCGCGCCUCCACCACACCAAGUGUUUAACUGAAGACUGACGAAGAAAACCGCAGUAAUUCGCGUGGACUGAAUGUCCCAGUUCCCUCCCAUUCAACACAUACUUGAAGUAUUAUUUAGUUAAAUAAAUGGUAUAAACUAACUAUAAUACAUGUCGUGCCUGUAAACUUAUUACAGUGAUAAUUGUAGACAAACUUAAUGUUAGGUAAGCUCCUUUUAGGUAAGUUGUUGGGAGGUACACGAGUUUAGUUGAGGAUUUCGCUUCUGUUUCCAGCUCGGAAACAGGCGGAAAGUCGGCUAAUUUUUGUUCACUAGUUUAGACCUAAUUGCUCGUUCGUUUUCGUCUUUUGAUACUCUGUUUUGUCGCAAAUGGCUUAGUGUAUGCCGAUAGUGAUACUAAAGAAAUAUUUUCAUGACCAGCGUAGAGUUUAGAUUUUGUACCUUACAUCAUAUAUUAUAUUAUAUAAAUAGCCGAUUUUAUCUUAUGUAUAUUGAAUAAUAACUGAUAACAAUAUUAGUAUAAAUUAUAUAUAAAGUGAGAAUAUGUAGAGGUUGAUUAAAUCGAGCCGUAUGUUCUUUUUGUUAACUGUUAAGGACGCAAGUUGUUGCCAGAUGUUAAGAAUAUGAACUACUUGUAAUAAUGAAUCAAAAAACAAUAUAUGUUUAAUAAUAAA